CAUUGCCGGCCUGCGAACGCCUCCUCGUCCCUCGUUCCUCGUUCCUCGUUUCUCGUUCCUUGUCUCUCCUUCCCUCGUUCUGUUCCUGUCCUUCCUCCUCCUCGUUCCCCUACUGCUUCCGGGGUUCGAGCCAUAGACCAUGACUUCUUCUUCGCGACGAAACGGCCAAGGUCUCCCGUGCGAACCGUGCCGCACCGCCAAACUUCGCUGCGACAACGUCACGCCGGCCUGCCAGAACUGCGUGCGUCGCGGCAAGUCGGACAGCUGCGUGUAUCUGGCCGCCCCCGUCGCCAACACUGCCAAAACCUGGUACUCCGACAACGACAACCUGUCCAUCAAUGGCGACGAGAAGCUCUCCGUCACCCUCCCCAACAACUCCGCCGUCUUCAGCGACAUCGGCAACCAGUUCAAGCGCACCCUGCACAUCGACUCGCCUGCCCCGGCUCGGCCCGAUCCGAAGCAAAUUCAGCUGGGUGCCCGUCUCCUGGCCCUGCUGGUCGAGAACAUCCCCCUCUACGAAGGACUGGCCGAGACGGCUGUCGAAGUAUGGCCCGAGGGUUGUGUGUUGGGCCACCGUCUCGUCAGCGGCAUCUUCGAGUCGCUGGACGACAUGAACGCGGCGCUGACUUCUGACCCAACCAACGCCAAGGACCUGCAAUCCAGCCUCCUCCGGUGGUCGCAGAAGGUUUUCGAUGACAGUGCGAAGCCGUUUUCCCUCCACCCCUCGAUGACACCGGAGGAGUACAUCCGUCGGGUCGCCGCGCGCUGGGAGGGCAUCGGUCUGGUGUUUACCGUGGUGGGCCAAGGCGCCAUGCUGGAGCGGGACUGGCGAUCGAUCCGCGAGCGCGAAGCCAACGUCCCCAGAGACCAGAAGUCUCUGGCCGCCCAGGCUGUCAAUGCCAGUGAUGCCUGUCUCCAAUUCUGCGAUCUCUCCGGUGCCGUGGACGAUUCUCUGGGCUGGUUGCUGUUCCAGCACAUCAACCUCCUGACCCUCCUGUACGGCGAGAACGAUCCCCGAGCCUGGAGAAAAUUGGCCGACCUAUCCACUACCGUCUUUACCCUCAGCCGUGGCCCGUCGGAAGAAAAGCGCAGCCCGUUCUUCUUGCUUGAACUCCGCAAGCGACUGGUCGCGGGCGCAUACAGCAUCGACAAGCAGCUUGCAACCUUCCUGGGCAGGCCUCCGCAGAUCAGCUGGCGCUACUACGACGUACAGUUUCCGCUGGACCUCAGCUACGAUGAAAUCCUGGCGGAGCCCAAGGUCCGCGAAACCGCGAUCAGUAAGCUCGACAAAACCGGCUGGAACACACAAGGCAUCGUCGGAAAGGCUGCAUGGAUGCGCAUCGCUCUGCUGAUCGGGUCGACCAGGGAGCAGAUCCUCGAGCUGUCGCUGAGCCGUCGGAUCGAGGAUCUGUCGCGCAAAGUCCAGGAGGUGUCGCAGCAAUCUCACAAGACGUGGAACGACCUACCUGGCUUCCUCCGCUGGCGCCCUGGCGCUUCCGACAGCAACGGCCACACCAACGUGCUCGUCCCGCUGUAUUUGAACUUCCUCUACAACGACUUUCUCCUUUACCGGGUUCUUGUCCGCCGGUCGCAAAGCGGCGCGGAGGGCCUGAUCAGCGUCUCGCAAAACAUCCUGAGCACGAUCCUGGAGCUGAUUGGCAAGGAGAUCGGCUCGCGGACAGGGACCUACAAUGUGGGAUGGAACGCCUCCUCCUUUGGCAUUCCCGCUGCUGGCGUCCUCGCCAUCGAACUGCUCCGCCAAGCCGAGUCGCAGUCGCAACUCUCAGCCAGCGCCUUCCGGCGAUCAGAAGUCAUCCAGAAACUGACCGUGUUCGCCUCCCAUCUGCAAUACGUGGUGCGACCGCACGACGGGAUGUACGAGGUCAGCCAGCGCGCGCGGAAAGCCAUCUCCAACAUCCUGGACCGCAUCCUCACCGUCAACCCGCCACCACUCCCCGCGACCCUCCCCGCCGAUGUCUUGGCCACCAAUUGGUUGAACGGUGAACCUGUCAUUCUGGACGAUGGGACUGACCUUUUCCGCUGGAUCGAUAACCUGUAUUCCGACUCUUCUCGACGGGACUCCUGGGCUUGAUCCCCCGAAGACGAUGAUUUACGCAUGCCCUUGACACCAUUCUGGUUUGAUCUGGGUCUUAUGAUUGACGAUAUACCCUGCUGCAAAAGUGAGAUGACUACAUACGCUGCUGCCCUUUUCGUUUUGCUCUCUUGCGAGAUUUCCGCAUGAUCUUUCUCUGCGCGUCCGCUUUUUGUUUCAUAUGUUAUGUUAUGUACAUGGGAUCGUAAUGCCAUAAUGAAAUUCUUCUC